CAGCACAGGGCCACAGAGGCUAGCGAUCGCGCGAGCACCACGCUACUCGCCGCCCAGUACAGGUUUGCGACUUGCGUUUUCACCGCCAAGUUCAAGCACGUUGUGCGCGUAAACCCCUUGUCGUAUCAUCGCGAUUUUAAUGUCGUCGUGUGGAGCGUUUCGUGCGGUACGCGUCCGUCCUGAAAACGCGAAAAUCGUGCCGGCGUAGUGUCGCGAACGCCGCGCGCCGUUCGCCCAGCCGGACUACGGCCAGGCGACCAUUUUUAUUCUGCCGACGUGCGGCGCGCCGAAACCGUACGCCCGGGCCAUUUAAAUCGCACACAUGUUCGCCGCCUAGAGCCCGCCCCAACGGCAACUCGCACGGAGCCCAGCAAGGGAUCGACGUACAAACAUGGAUUGACCAACUGAAUUUACAUCCUCCAUAAACCAACAAGAUACAAGAGUACAAAUCAUGAAACGUGCCACAGUUAAGAGGGCCGUCAUGGAGAGUCCAGGCCACUACAGCACGAUGCCUUCCACGUCGACGCCGGACAUGAGUUCUAUCAAGACGGAAUUUACGCCAAGCCCACAUCUUCGCGAUCAUCAAUACGGGGCGACACCGCAGAACCAGAUUUAUCCAGCGUUCAAUCAGCAACCGCCCGCGGUAAAGCGCAAGCUUAACAUGGACACUAGGCAGAUCCAUGUAAUCCCAACAAUAAAACAGGAGUUCAAAGCACCGCCCCCGAAGCGUGCUAAGCCGGCUCCCACGAUACAUGUGACCACACAUUCCAUGGUCAAAAAGAACAGUCGAGCCGACACGUCGCUGAGUUUGCUCACCGAGCGCUUCCGCGUCCUGUUGCAGGAUUCUCCCAACGGCGUUGUUGACUUAAACCAUGCGUCGAAAGAGUUGGGCGUGCAAAAGCGGCGCCUGUACGACAUCACUAACGUGCUCGAGGGUAUCAACGUAUUGGAAAAGAAGUCCAAGAACCAGGUCAUGUUGAAGGAUAGCAAUACCGGUGCGCACCUCGAGGAGGAAUUGCGACAACUGUCGAAAGUUGAUAAUCACUUCGCAAAACUCAUCGACGUUGCCGAAAAGACGCUGUUUCAGUACAAUCGCGAGACGCAUGGGUAUGUGACAUACCAAGAUCUGAGGUCGAUCGAGAAAUUUAAGCAUAAGACAGUGAUGGCCAUCAAAGCACCGGCAAAUACGAAGCUUGGCGUGCCGGAGGGUGAGAUGCAAAUGCAGAUGUGCAGCCAGGAAGGCGAGAUUGAGGUGUUCCUGUGUCCUGUGAGCACAGAGAAACCCCGCGUGUUGCCGGCCAUUGACCCACUGCUAAGAGAUUUGCAGGUGGAUCCCACUAUCGAACUACAAAACCUUUGGGCGACACCUCCUAUUCCACCCUUGGACAUGCCUUAUGUGGAUUGCAAACCUAUAUCAUCGCAAACUUGUCGGCAAAUUUCAUUUGCAAAUGGCAUAAAGGAUCCAGUGAUGCAGAGUGUCGGGGUCUCGAAGAACUACCCACAAGGCGCGAAGUACGACAAGGAGACGAGAAUAUCAGACAAUUUACAGUACGACUUGUUGGACUACGCGAACGUGGUGGGCAACGCUCUGAAGACGGAUGACACCGGUUUUCCUAUCAACGCGAAAUACCCUAACGAGGAUCCGAUGUUCUGCGACCCCUUCAUCAAUUUGGAGCCACCGGCACAUUCUCACUACAUGCCGGUGUUGGACUUGGAUGAGAGCGCAACGGAUAUGUUCCUUCCGUUCGAAGACUUGGAUAAAAUAGAUUAAUUUUUGUAUUUAAUUUAAACUUAACUUGCUGCGACAAAGCACAUGACGCGUAUACAAACCGAACGGGGGCGGACUCGUUGUGGAGUGCGCGACGAUUGAAACCAAUUCCGUGUAAGUAUUUAGCCGGCCCAUCCAACCUGAAAACAUAAGCUCAAAGCUCGCUGAGCUGAUUCAGCGGAUUCAAAAGGAUGCAAAUUAAAUUUUCCAAGGCGUCGUUACGAGAUACGCGACACGCGUAAAUAAAAGGACCAAAGUGCCUGGUUUGUUUUAAUUUCUUCAUUUCAAAGAACCGAACUGACGCGAACACGUGGCGCACUAAAAGGAGAAAAACGGAUCGAGUAUAUGUUUGAUAUGUAAAGAAAAUGAAUGCUCGAAGACUAUUGAUUUAAGUGUUGAUUAUUUCUCGUUUUAAGUACAAACACACGUUGCGAGAACGCACUUGCUGCUAUAGUAGGAGGUAUUUUUUCGUCGCCUUUUUUGUUUCACUUACGACAUUUUAUUGUUACUUAUUUGGGCGAAUGAUUGUGGAGGCGAGUACAGAAGACACGAGUGCCAUGUUACAACGCAACAAGUAAUUCCAAGCAGCAAGUAAAAAUUACAAUUGGGAGUCGUGCUGAACUUCCCGUGCAUACAUUGUACAUAUUAUCUCUCAAUUUCUGGCGAAUCACUUCGCUGGAACGCAAAUCGUAUUUUUUAUUCGAACGCAAAGUGUACAGACAUUUUCUUUUUCACUCAUUCGGAGACCGCGCGCACUAGCAGCGCAGGUCGCUAUUUUGUAUCGUACAUUAUUAUCAAUAUUGUUGUGUGUAUUACAAGUUUAUAUUAAUUUGAUGAUAGGAUGUAUAGUGUGGAGAGCAAAGAUCACCCCGAAUUAAGAUCGAUAUGAGAAAGUAAAUAAUUUAUUUCAAGCAAGAUUGGAAAAUCAAAGGACACAAUGAUGCAAUAUUUCCGUACUAGUCCUUUUUUACUUACAAAAGAGAAAAUAAAAGUAAUAGCAAAUGUGCGCAAUCAACUCCGGGUUGAUGCAGCUCUAAGAGAAUUGCAUACUUUGUUACACACGUCCUGCCUGCAUUUCGAAGACUGUCCAUGAAUAAUAAAAUGAGAGAACUUAAAAGUGUAUUUUGUCACAAAUAUUUCAAGUAUUAAUGAAACGAACGAAAACAGUAGUAGUAAAUUAUUGAAUUGAUUGUAAACGAAAGGCGGUGUCUUGUUGACAUGUGUUCUUAUUGGCGUUUUGAGAAAGAUGAUAAAAUUGUUGGUUUGCAAGGACAAGGACGUUCCGAAGCUCAGUACAGAAGGAGCAAAGACAGCGUUUACUACUUGGGUGUUUUGUAAAAUUAGUACAAUCCUACAUUAUAAUUGUUAAACUCCUCCCCUCAAUUUUGUAUAUGUAAAUAUUAUUAUGCUAAGUUCGUUUCUACGACGAAUUCGUUCGCAUGUUUUCAACGAUGUCAGUUGUCUUUUCCCGAACGGUUUUUUUAAAAACAAUUUAAAUUUGAAGACAAAAAUGAAAUGAAAAGCCACAAGAGGCCUUAUAUUUAACAUGAAGACAAACAAAAUAUAACUUUUCAUUGUGGAGAAACCCUAAAUUACAAGCGCAUCACCGUUUUUAUUACCAAUAUGUAAAUAAAUACAUAAAUAAUAACGAAACAAGAAAACUAAUGUGAAUUAAAAACAUAUUCAAUAAAAAAAGAAAUUGCAUUA